AUGCCAAAGAAAGAAAGAAACAGCAGCAGCACCACCACCACUAACCAAAUUGAUAGCAUUGAUAGUAGCACAUUAAAAACAACAACACCAUCAACUACAAUUUCAAGUACAAAUACAAAUGCCAGCAGCAGCGGCAGUGAAGCGAAAAGUAAAAAGAGCCCUAUUCCACGUUGCGUCUUACAAAAUCCAGAUCCAGUGCGGGAUAAUUCAUAUGCCGGUAUACUAAAAGGACAACAGGCAGCCAAUUCGCUAACGGCAGACUCUGCCAAGUACCGUAAACUUUGUGAUGCCAUUGAUACGCCGAGUAAACUCUUUGAUGAACGUCAAUUUCCGCCAGUGGCCAUUGCAGCACGCGAUUGACUAACAAAGCGAAGGAGUGAAGAAAAGGAACGUUUUACGACAGCUGUUGCGAAAGCUUAAAUUUAUAUAUAAAGAAUUUAGUGGCAAUUUAUUUAUAUAUGUAGAUUUGCUUGGUUUGCGUCUGAAGCUUUCUCUUGUAUUUAGGUGUAUAGUGGCACAGCUGGUUGGAUUAAAAAAUAUGACAUGCAUACAUAUACAUAUGUAUGCCAUUAAUUAAAAAUAAUAAUUUAGCGAAAUUUAAAAAGCGUAUCAAUUUAGCGAUUAAUUAUUGUUUGAAUGUUGUAUAAAAUUCUAUUAUGAAAGCUAUUUUUUUAAACUGGAAUGUUAGAAAAUACAUACAUAUGUACAUAUGCAUACGUACAAGUAUUAAUAUUAGUUUUAACACAGGCAAAUAUGUAUAAAAUUUAGAUACAUGCACACGCAUGUAGCAUAAAAGCAAAAAAAUAAAACUUUAAAAUAUCUGUUAGUAAAUUAAGCUUAGUAAGCAUUUAUAUAUACAUAUUAUAUUUCUAUGUUUACGAUAUUUUCUGCGAAACUUUGGCCCAUAAAGCGACUAUAAUAUAUUUUCAAUAUAGGGCCCAAUAUGUUGCGCUCUCUUUUUCCACUAUGGCAUAGACAGGCGGCGACGUUAAUCCGGAUUAACGGUGCAGUUGAUCUGAGCAAAAUUCUACCCUGGCAGACGUCAGUGUUGCGUAUUAAGUAGGUCAGAAAAAUUUAUUAAAAAAUUUUUGAGUUCCUUCAAUUAUUACUUUUAUUUUUCAAACGUAAUUAUAGU